AAACGAAACAUGUGAUAUAGAAAUUUAAUAAACUAGGGAAUAAAUAAUCAGAGUAUUGGUCACAGCUGACUUCGGCCAGUUUCGGCCAUAUUCCUCCCAGAAGGGCUGGCAAGUGAAUUCCAGACAAGAUGUUGUCGAGACUAGCUCUCCGCAAUGCACAACUGAUGCCGAUAAUGGCUCGUGGAGCCCAGUCUAUGUCAUCGGCAGCAGGUGAUCGUCCUGUUCGUAUGGAAAAGCCUUCCCCUGUCCGACAUGGUAUUAUUCCUGAAGAAUGGUUCACAAUCUUCUACCCUAAGACCGGAGUCACAGGACCCUACAUGUUUGGAAUUGGUCUAUCAACUUAUUUGUUAUCUAAGGAGAUCUAUGUAUUGGAGCACGAGUAUUACACUGGUGUUUCCAUUUUCAUUAUGGCUCUCGUGGUAAUCAAGAAGCUUGGUCCUACGGUCGCAGCAGCCCUUGAUAAACAAAUAGAUAAGUAUGAAGGAGAUUGGGAGUCAUCAAGAACAGAAAAUAUGAAGAGUCUUGAGGAGUGCAUUGAAAACGAAAAGAAAGAGCAAUGGAGAGCAGACGGUCAGAAAUUGUUGAUCCAGGCUAAGAAAGAGAAUAUUGUCAUGCAGUUAGAGGCCACAUACAGAGAACGUCUUGCAACUGUUUACAACGAGGUCAAGAAACGUCUGGACUAUCAAGUGAAUAUUCAGGCUGUUGAGCGCAGACUGGCCCAGAAGCAAAUGGUUCAAUGGAUCAUCUCCAACGUGCUGAAGUCCAUCACCCCCGAACAAGAGAAAGCCAAUCUCCAGCAGUGCAUCGCCGAUCUUCAAAGCCUUGCUCCCCGUGCAUAAACAAAUGUUCUCGUGAUAGAAAAAAUAGCAAGUUAAAAUGGCCGUACCCGUUUAAGUCGAUGCUAAACGUAUCCGCGUAUAACGUGAACACUGUACGGUGUAUUGUCAUUAGCUUUGGCAAUGUAACCUUAUGUUUCUUAAGCGAAUGAAUAAAUGAAAUUAUCGUCAGUAAAA